GGAGGGUGCAGGGAGGGGGCAGUGUGCGGCAUUAUAGCACAUCUGCUGUCUGUGUUGGAAUAUGGUGCAUCAUAUAUGACAGGAUUGCUGCACACAUCCAAUUUCUCACCUAUAGAAGAAGCCUGGCGCCCUCCUCCUGCUGCCCAGUCAUGCCGGACACGUGGUGGAUGUAAGCCCUGAGCCUGGCACAGUGGAUUAUGAUUUAUUCUGGCCGGACACUUAUCAUUCAGGAAUUGAUGUGCUUGCAGUUGGCGGGUCAUUAUGCUGCUGCACCUGUGUAGUGUUAAGAAUUUGUACCAAAACAGGUUCCUCGGCCUGGCUGCUAUGGCUUCUCCAUCGAGGAACUCUCAAAACAGGCGGCGGUGUAAAGAACCACUAAGGUACAGUUACAAUCCGGACCAGUUUCAUAAUAUGGAUAUCAGGAACAGUCCACAUGAAGGAGUAACUCUACCCCGGUCUACAAGUGACACUGAUUUGGUCACUUCAGACAGCCGGUCAACUCUAAUGGUCAGCAGCUCCUACUACGCAAUAGGACACUCCCAGGAUCUUGUUAUAUAUUGGGAUAUAAAGGAAGAGGUGGAUGCUGGAGAUUGGAUUGGCAUGUAUUUAAUUGAUGAAGUGUUAUCAGAAAACUUUUUGGAUUAUAAAAACCGUGGAGUAAAUGGGUCUCACAGAGGACAGAUCAUCUGGAAGAUCGAUGCCAGCUCAUACUUUGUGGAACCGGAAACUAAGAUCUGUUUUAAGUACUACCAUGGUGUGAGUGGUGCCUUACGUGCUACAACUCCCAGCAUCACUGUGAAAAAUCCUUCUGCCCCAAUCUUUAAAAACAUUAACAGCGAAGAAGCAUCACAUGGACAAGGCAGCCGCAGGCUCAUCAGUUUUACUUUAUCAGACUUCCAAGCUCUAGGUUUAAAAAAGGGGAUGUUCUUCAACCCAGACCCAUAUCUGAAAAUAUCCAUCCAGCCUGGAAAACACAGCAUCUUUCCUGCACUCCCUCACCAUGGCCAAGAGAAAAGAUCAAAGAUAAUAUGCAACACAGUCAAUCCGGUAUGGAAGAGAGAGCUAUACAGCUUUGUCUCCCUUCCAACCGAUGUGCUAGAAAUUGAAGUAAAGGAUAAGUUUGCAAAGAGUCGGCCAAUCAUCAAACGAUUUUUAGGAAAGCUGUCUAUGCCAGUGCAGAGGCUGUUGGAGAGACAUGCCAUUGGGGAUCGUGUUGUCAGCUAUACCUUGGGCCGCCGGCUGCCUACAGAUCAUGUCAGUGGACAACUACAGUUCCGAUUUGAAAUAACAUCAUCUAUUCAUCCCGAUGAUGAGGAGGUCUCUGUCUCUACAGACCCUGAUCCAGUGCUCCAUGAAAGUCCAUUACGUCACCCAGUUGAAGUCCUCUCUAAUGAACCUCAGAGGAGAACCUCAGUAGCCACUGAUAACCCAACCUCAGAGUUACCAAAUGGAUGUGUUUCUAGAGCUGCACGUGAUAGACACCCAGCAAUAGACACUAGAUCAAUAAGUCAAAACAGUUUACAUAAGACAACAAUAGUAACGACAGGUCAUGGGUCUCUUUUGGCCAAUGCGCAGGAAGACUGUGCAUUGGAAAGUAGCCCAGCUAAUGACCACUUACAAGUUACAGCUCCAGAUUCCGAGCAGGAAAUUGCCGUUCCUUCUGAAGCUGAAACCAAAGUAGAGACUAAUGUAGAACCUAGUGCCACCUCUGAAGGAGUUGGCCCAGAUGUAAUAACUGCUAUGGAGGAAAGUUUACUAGUUGAAGCAGACAAGGAGCAAGACAAAAAUGGUGAAGAGCCAGAAGAAUUAAGUCAGCAAGAGAAUAAUGAACCCAAACUUAGAAACGCUGUGAAGAGAAAAACUAGGCCUUGCUCCUUACCAGUGUCUGAAUUAGAAACAGUUAUAGCAUCUGCAUGUGGAGAACCCGAAACACCCCGCACACAUUAUAUUAGGAUUCACAACUUACUUCACAGUUUGCCAUCAGCUCAGUUGGAUGGAGAUGGGGAAGAAGACGAAGAGCAGAACAGCAUAGAUAUUGAUGAGGAGUCAACAGUGAAGGAGAUGUCUGAGAAGGACAUUGUGAGUGAAACUGAAACCAUGACAGCUGAUCCUUCUCUUGAAAAUGUAGCAGAUGCAGCAGAUGACCAAGAAAUCAGUAGAAGUACGUUGCCCCAUGAUAUUUCCAGUGAUCACCCACCUGUCUGUAACCACCUCUGUGUGGAUGGAGAGCAGCCUAGAACUGAAAGUGAGAGUGACUCUAGUCCCAGGGUUCAUGGGGAUCAUGACUGUGACACAUGUGACACCUCAUGCUAUAGCACUUCCUGUUAUAGCACCUCAUGCUACAGUACCUCUUGUUAUAGCCCUUCUUGUUAUGAUAGCCACAAUCGAUUUUCCAGCCACACUCGUUUCUCUUCUGUGGACAGUGCCAGAAUGUCAGAAAGUACUGUCUUCUCCUCUCAAGAUGACGAGGAGGAGGAAAACAGCGCCUUUGAAUCCAUGCCUGAUUCUAAUCAAAGCCCAGAGCCAGACAGGGACCAUGGUGAUGGGUCAAUCCAAUGGUCUGAUGAUCUCUCUAGUCAAAGUAUUAAUUCAGAAAGGACUCCUGGUGUCCCAGAAUCUCCAGUUGCAGGGCCAAGCAGUAGGAGAGAAGGUGACUGUCCUUUGCCACACAGUACCCCACCUGUUAGUCAGCUGCCUUCUCUGAGAUCAGACCAUCAUCAUUACCCUACUAUUGAUGAGCCACUUCCUCCAAAUUGGGAGGCCCGAAUUGAUAGCCAUGGCAGAGUGUUUUACGUAGAUCAUGUGAACCGCACUACGACAUGGCAGAGACCUACAACAGCUGCAACUCCAGAUGGAAUAAGUAGGUCUGGGUCCAUCCAGCAGAUGGAGCAAUUAAACCGCAGGUAUCAAAAUAUCCAAAGGACCAUUGCAACAGAAAGGCCAGUAGAAGAAGAAGCUGUAGGUCGAAGUGACAGACUUCCUGGAGUGGGUGAUUCAGAAACUGACCUGUCACAACCAAAUUCAGAACUAAGAAGAGACUCAACACUAUCACCAAUAAACUCUCAGAAAAUAACCCUGUUAUUACAGUCUCCAGCUGUCAAGUUUAUAACCAAUCCGGAGUUUUUUACUGUGUUGCAUGCAAACUAUAGUGCCUACAGAGUCUUCACUAACAGCACGUGCUUGAAGCACAUGAUUCUGAAAAUCCGCAGGGACGCCAGGAAUUUUGAACGGUAUCAGCACAACAGAGACUUGGUGAACUUUAUUAACAUGUUUGCUGACACCAGGUUGGAGUUGCCCCGUGGAUGGGAAAUUAAAACUGAUCAACAAGGAAAGUCUUUCUUUGUAGAUCAUAACAGCCGAGCAACAACAUUUAUUGAUCCACGAAUCCCUCUUCAAAAUGGCCGACUUCCAAAUCAUUUGACGCAUCGGCAGCAUCUUCAAAGGCUUAGGAGUUACAGCGCUGGAGAGGCAUCAGAGGUUUCUAGAAACAGAGGGGCAUCACUGUUAGCAAGGCCUGGCAAUAGUUUGGUUUCUGCAAUCAGAAGUCAACAUCAACAGGAAACAGUACCCUUAGCAUAUAAUGACAAGAUUGUUGCAUUCCUGAGACAGCCAAAUAUUUUUGAGAUGCUUCAAGAACGUCAACCAAGUUUAGCAAGAAAUCAUGCACUCAGGGAGAAGAUUCAUUACAUUCGAACAGAGGGCACGCAUGGUCUUGAGAAACUAUCCUGUGAUGCUGACUUAGUUAUCCUUUUAAGCCUUUUUGAAGAAGACAUCAUGUCAUACAUCCCACUUCAAGCAGCCUUCCAUCCUGGAUAUAGCUUUUCUCCACGCUGUUCCCCAGGUUCUUCCCCACAGAAUUCCCCAGGUUUACAACGUGCUAGUGCAAGGGCUCCUUCCCCGUACAGAAGAGAUUUUGAAGCCAAGUUAAGAAACUUUUACAGAAAACUGGAAGCAAAAGGAUAUGGGCAAGGUCCAGGGAAGAUUAAGCUUAUUAUACGUCGGGAUCAUCUUUUAGAAGGCACAUUUAACCAAGUUAUGGCAUACUCACGCAAAGAGCUUCAAAGAAACAAACUAUACAUCACAUUUGUAGGGGAAGAAGGAUUAGACUACAGUGGACCAUCAAGAGAGUUUUUCUUCCUUCUUUCUCAAGAGCUCUUCAAUCCAUAUUACGGCCUAUUUGAGUAUUCAGCAAAUGACACAUAUACAGUGCAGAUUAGCCCAAUGUCUGCAUUUGUUGAAAACCAUCUUGAAUGGUUCCGAUUCAGUGGUCGAAUCCUUGGCCUUGCCCUCAUCCACCAGUAUCUUCUGGAUGCCUUUUUUACACGGCCAUUCUAUAAGGCUCUUUUAAGACUCCCCUGUGAUCUCAGUGAUCUGGAAUACUUAGAUGAAGAAUUCCACCAAAGUUUACAGUGGAUGAAGGACAACGACAUCACAGACAUUUUGGAUCUAACAUUCACAGUAAAUGAGGAAGUGUUUGGUCAGGUCACUGAGAGAGAGCUGAAGUCAGGAGGAGCAAACUUGCAAGUCACAGAGAAAAAUAAGAAAGAAUAUAUUGAGAAAAUGGUGAAGUGGCGAGUGGAACGGGGAGUGGUUCAACAGACGGAAGCCCUUGUACGAGGCUUUUAUGAGGUUGUAGACUCCAGACUUGUCUCUGUGUUUGAUGCUAGAGAGCUAGAGCUAGUCAUCGCGGGCACAGCGGAAAUUGAUCUAAUUGAUUGGCGCAAUAACACAGAAUACCGAGGAGGGUAUCACGAUGGCCACAUUGUCAUUCGGUGGUUUUGGGCAGCUGUGGAAAGAUUUAACAAUGAGCAGAGGUUACGGCUUUUACAGUUUGUGACCGGGACAUCUAGUGUACCAUAUGAAGGGUUUGCAGCCCUCCGUGGAAGUAAUGGACUCAGGCGCUUUUGUAUAGAAAAAUGGGGAAAGAUAACAUCACUUCCAAGAGCGCACACAUGCUUCAACCGCCUGGACCUUCCACCAUACCCUUCUUACUCCAUGUUACAUGAAAAGUUGUUGAUAGCCGUUGAGGAGACAAGCACCUUUGGACUUGAAUGAGCAGAUGCAACAACUUCUUCUUCAACUCCUAUUUUCCUGACUUCACCUUCCUAUUCCACAGGCACAGGUUGUCGUUGUGGUCUUGUUUUCACAUUUCAUUUUUAUUUAAUUAUUUAUUUAUUUAUUUAAUUUCCUUUGGCGUUCUUGUUACAAAACGAGCUACUUAUAAACGUGCAUGGGGAACUGGUUCCCUCCAAGAUCUUAUCUUUGUGCUUUCCUUCUCAGAUUUCAGCAAUCUACAAAGCUGUAUGCAAUAUAAAAAAGAAACAAAAAAUACAAAAACAACUGGACUCAAGGCUCUGUAUAUCUGUGCAUACCUUCAAAAUAAAGUUAAAACACAGCU